AUGCCUGAUAAAAUAAGCUCUUUACCGUUGGAGAUUAUCCUUCACAUCCUCUCUUACCUACCUUUGAAAUCAUUGCUAGCCUUUGGAGAGACAUGCCGCAGCAACUUUGAGUCGCAUACUCUGUGCCUCAGUGGUCUACGGUUAGGCGUCUUUGAAAAACGCUCUCAUUCGGCUAUCUCCUUACUACGAGCUGAAUGGUUGACACCCGAACAGAUGCUGGAGGGCUUAGCUGAUAAUGUUGGGCGCGACAGCUAUAGAAUAUCAAUCGUUCAGUCAGCGACAAAUUAUGGGACUUUACCGUUGGUCUACAAGCCCCCGGCGAAAGCCGGGGACCUCAAAAGACGAGUACAUCUGAUGCAAGAGACAUCCCGGACCCAUGAGCAUACAGUCCAUGAACAAAACAGAAUCUUAGCGCAGGUGGUCAAUCGUUACGGGAGAGGGCUCCGGAAACUCGAGUUCAUGGCAUAUGAUCUCGACGUCACGGGCGCGACGGCUCUGACUGUUAAUAGCCGACAUGUUCUCAACCACCUUGCGCUGCGGUUUGAACAUCCACAUAUUCGUGAUGGCUCCAUGCGACCAAGUGCCUGGUUGAGCCCCGCACCGGGGAGUACUGCGUGGAACUGUCUGAUCGGGAUCGGGCAGCCCACGCAUUCUGGGCCCCGUGGAUUGCAGAGUCUAGUCAUGGAGCGAGCUGGUAUCACUUCCUGGCAGUUAAUGAUGUUGGUUAAAAGAAACCCGAAUCUGAAAGUGCUCAAGUUGAGGACGUGCCGUGGAGUGCAGCCUGAGUUCCUGGAUUGGCUGGGUGGCAUCGAGGGAGAACUCGACGACUCAAACAUGGACGAUGACAGUCCAGCCCCUGGAGCGAAUUUGGAAGUACUCUGGCUGGAAAAUUGCCAUGAUAUACACCUAUAUCAUGUUGAGAACUAUCCUUACCUACCCGACGAGGCUUGUGACCUGGGGCUUGAGUGGGUGAGAGGUUUGAACAGCUUAAAGUCUCUCUCAUUUAGCGAAAGUGGAAACCUGCCGCCCGACUUCAUCAAGCGAGCAAAUGAUACUUUAUGGAGAAUCCCAGAAGUUAUUUUACCAUACACGUCGAAUGGGGACAAGGCCCUCAUCGAAGUUGAUCCACUACGUUCAUAG